AUGGUGAAGUCGUAUCCAAAUGUGAGUGAGGAGUACCAGAAGGCUAUUGAGAAAUGCAAGAAGAAGCUCAGAGGUCUCAUUGCAGAGAAGAAUUGCGCUCCUAUUAUGCUACGUAUUGCGUGGCAUUCUGCUGGUACCUUUGAUGUGCAAAGCAAGACAGGAGGUCCUUUUGGGACCAUGAGGUUCAAGGCUGAGCAGGGACAUGAAGCAAAUAAUGGUAUUGACAUUGCUAUUAAGCUCUUGGAGCCCAUCAGGGAGCACUUCCCUACUAUUACUUAUGCUGACUUCCAUCAGUUGGCUGGAGUUGUUGCUGUUGAAGUUACUGGAGGACCAGAGAUCCCUUUCCAUCCAGGAAGGCUGGAUAAGGAGGAGCCCCCUGUUGAAGGUCGUUUGCCUGAUGCUACAAAGGGAUCGGACCACUUAAGGGAUGUAUUUGUCAAACAAAUGGGCCUAAGCGACAAGGAUAUUGUUGCACUCUCUGGUGCCCACACCCUGGGAAGAUGCCACAAGGAACGUUCUGGAUUUGAGGGACCCUGGACAGCAAAUCCCCUCAUAUUUGAUAAUUCUUACUUCAAGGAGCUUCUUGGCGGUGAAAGAGAAGGGCUUAUGCAGUUGGCAACAGAUAAGGCUCUACUAUCUGAUCCCGUCUUCCGCCCUCUUGUCGAGAAAUAUGCAGCGGACGAGGAUGCCUUCUUUGCAGAUUACGCUGAGGCUCAUCUAAAACUUUCUGAAUUGGGUUUUGCUGAUGCCUAA